CUUCAAUGUUCCUGCGCUAAAAAUUCCAAAAACCGUGUUCACUUUUCGAAGCUUCCCUAAAGCCCGGCCCGCUAAAUCGGAUAGCUCUAGUAGACCGGCACCUCGCCAUUGCUUCUUCUUUUAAUAUCCCCCCCUGAAAAAAAAGGAAGGAGAAGAAGGGAAGAGAGAGAGAGAGACUCUCGCCGUUUUUAUUUUUUCGAUGCCGUCAUGACGUUCUCAAAUCGAUUGACAGCUGUGCUGUCAUUUCUGGCAGUGCCGUUACUCGCUCCGUUGGCCGUUUGCGAGCCGGAUGGCGAAUCGAUUCUCAAUGCCGAAAUUGGCCGCAUGAACAACGAGAGCCUCCUAUGGGGCCCUUAUCGUCCGAACCUAUAUUUCGGAGUUCGUCCUAGGAUACCCAAGAGUUUAGCCACCGGGCUCUUGUGGGCAAAAGUCGAUAACUAUGUCGAGGUCCAAAAUAGCUUCCGCUACACCUGUGAGCAACAUGAGGGGAUGGCCGGUUACGGGUGGGACGAGUAUGAUACUCGGAGAGGCGGUGUGCAGCAUAUCCACGAUGCUGGGAAUAACAUUGACAUUACCACCGAGUUUGUCAAGAUCCCCAUUGGUACUCAUGGUGGCAGCUGGGCGGCUCGAAUCAAGGGCGAGCCCCGAGAUGAUGCACCCUCUAACCUGCAAACCACCGUCUUAUUCUACCUUGCUUCCGAGGCUCUCGGGGAACUGCUCGAUAUCAACAGCGAAGGCGACGAGCUUGGAUUCGAUGGCGACGUAGCUUUUGCUGGCAAGUCCGCGGUUCUGGGUGACUAUAAGCUAGUCGUGACUAAGGGCACGGGUGAUCAUCCCAAGAGCGACCAUGCUAUAUCUAGCAAGAGGGACUUGACCAAAACUGUGGUGCAGUCGUUAACUGUGCCCGAGGAGCAUCUGUGGCAGGCUAAGCAGAUCCUGUUCCAGCAGCUCAAGGCGGGUGUGGACGAGAUCAUCCAGGAAUUCGGAGCUGAGAAUGCGCCGCCGCCCUGGCAGGUAUACCAGCUCCCCAAUAAGCCCAAUACUGGGAACUUCCACCUCGUCCAAAAGGUAUUCGAAGGGCCCUUCGAGUUUGACAUCCUAUUCUCGAGCGGUUCUGCUGGUAAGGAUGUCACGAGUGAGGAUCUUACUCGGGAAAUUAAGUCGACUACGGAAUCUUUCAAUGAGCGUUUUGGCGAAAUAUUCGCGCCUCAGGCUCCUUUCAAUGCCGACAAGUACCGUAGGUUUGGACGGAGUAUGCUAUCCAACCUUGCUGGUGGAAUAGGAUACUUCUACGGGAAACAUGUCGUUGACCGAUCGUAUGCCCCUGAGUAUGACGAAGAAAAUGAAGGGUUCUGGGAAGAGACCGCAGAAGCCCGUGCCCGUAAACAGGAGCAGCUCGAGGGACCGUACGAGCUGUUCUCUAGUAUCCCAUCUAGGCCAUUUUUCCCUCGCGGGUUCCUGUGGGACGAGGGCUUUCACCUCAUUCCCAUCGCGGAUUGGGAUAUUGAUCUUACCCUUGAAAUUGUGAGGAGCUGGUACAACCUGAUGGAUGAGGACGGCUGGAUCGCGCGAGAGCAGAUCCUCGGCGACGAAGCCCGAAGCAAGGUGCCUCCCGAGUUUCAAGUUCAAUACCCGCACUACGCCAACCCGCCAACUCUAUACCUCGUCCUCGAAGCUUUCACCGAAAGGCUGCAAAAGACAAACGGUAGCCAGAGCGUGGGCGAGAGAGAACACCUCGAGCCAGACGCCGUUCUAGAGAGCGCUCACGUCGACAAUCCUUCUUUGGGCAUCGAAUAUCUUCGCAAUCUGUACCCCCUUCUGCGACGCCAGUUCCUGUGGUUCAAGAAGACCCAGUUCGGCGAUAUCAAGUCAUACGAUCGACAGGCCUACUCUAGGAAAGAGGCCUACCGUUGGCGCGGACGGUCGAUUCAGCAUAUCCUCACCAGCGGAUUAGACGACUACCCCCGGCCUCAACCCCCGCACCCGGGCGAGCUGCACGUGGACCUGAUGUCGUGGAUGGGUAUGACGGCGCGGGUGCUCGCCAAGAUCGCCGACUUCGUGGGUCUGCCCGAGGACGUGGAGGAGUACCACCGGGUGUCCGACGGGAUAUCGCACAACCUGGUGGACCUGCACUGGUCCGACGCCGCGGGGUGCUUCUGCGACGCGACCAUCGACGAGUUCGAGGAGCACACCUUGGUCUGCCACAAGGGCUACGUCUCCCUGUUCCCCUUCCUGCUCGGCCUCCUGCAACCCGACGACCCCAAGCUCGGCAGCCUCCUCGACCUCCUGGGCGACGAGGACGAGCUGUUCAGCCCCCACGGCAUCAGGAGCCUGAGCAAGAAGUCCGAGUUCUACGGCACCGACGAGAAUUACUGGCGCAGCCCCGUGUGGAUUAAUAUUAAUUACCUGGCCAUCGUGCAGCUACGGAACUACGCGACCCAAGACGGCCCCUUCGCCGCGCAAGCGAAGACCCUGUACGCCAAGCUGCGCGAGAACGUCGUCGAGACCGUGUACAAGAGCUGGGAGGAGACGGGCUUCGCCUGGGAGCAGUACAACCCCGAGACGGGCAAGGGCCAGCGCACGCAGCACUUCACGGGCUGGACUAGUCUCGUCGUCAAGAUCAUGGCGCUGGAUGACUUGAGCUCUUGGUCUAAUACGAGUGCGGGUACGGGUGCGGGUGCGGGUGGAAGCGACGCGCAGAGAGAGAAGGAUGAGUUGUAGGGCUUAGGUACCCAAGGUUAAGCCUAGAUAGGUACCUUAGGUUAGGUAGGCAUGUACUUACAAACCGCUCCUUUUCGCGUUGCGACUUGUGCGUAUACUUGAAUAAAAUACCUCAUACAAUGCGAUGCGAUAGACGCUCGGAGUAUAUAGAUUUACGCCGGGGAAGGGGAAAGGAGGCGGCAGGGGAUAGAUACCUACCUACCUCUCUGUAACGCCUAGAUGAGAUAUCAAUGACAACUGAGAUGAACGAUGAGACACUAACCAAUCUUUAAAGCAAAAGCAUAAGCCUU